AUGCCCUCAUCAGUCAGCAAAGAGGAAUCAGACGACGACGUGCCUCCACCGUCGUACGGCGACGCCUCACGCUUCGGUCAGCUUGGCCAUUCCGAAAGCACGCUUACCAGGGCGCCCUCGGACGCUCACGAGCGCCUUGCACGAGUGAUCGGUGAGCCUCCAAGCCUCGCUGUAAACGAUCCAGCUGUGGUGCUCGCUGUGCCAACACAGCGGCAACUGCACGUCAGCGCGCAAGCGAGCCGUAACCAGCGGGGCAUGUGUUGCUGCUUCUUCAUCCUCGCCGCUUGUAUCGUUUGCGGCGUCUGCCUUUGGGUGAUCGUCGGCGGCGCAGCAACCCUUGUCGCUGCCGGCCCCCCCUGGCACGGCUAUUGGCAGUGGCGGUUGAUCGACGUGGGGAAUAGGGUUGUCGUGGCCUUCGCAGGCUCCACCAAGCCGUGCCCAGAGGUGACCGUCGACUCCAUCAUCAAGGCGAUCACCGCAGGCAUCGUCAGCCAGAGUGAGCCAGCGCAGCUGUCCAUCGACGUGCUCCAGAAGUUCGUCGUGGUCGCCCGGCAGAUGGACCUGGCCGAUGAUGAUUUCGAGGAGGCCCUGUGCAGCGCAGACGACGACUACGACCCGGACCGAUGCAGCGCGACACAGAUCGCGGCGGCGUCGCCAUCCGCGCCACCAGCGCAGCCGCCACCAGCGCAACCGCUGGUCGGGCGGCGCUUGCUCUCGCUCUCCCGGCGGCGCUCACUCAGCGUCGCGGGAGGCGCUCAAUGGGACAUGCGGGCGAGGCUGGUGAACACGUCGCGCAGGAUCUUGCAGCCUCCCGACCUUGGCGACUUGGCCGAGGCGGUGAAGCUGGAUGCGGUGAUCAUCGAGAUCGAGACGCUCGUCCUGCCUUCGUCGCCGGACAGCCUCGUCGACGACGUGAGAGAUAGCGGCAGGAUCAGCGCAGAGGUGGUGCCAAACGUGCUGGCGGCACUGCUAGACCUCACCAACUUGACAAACGCCACCGACCCAUUCAGCUUCAUCACCAACGCGGCGCCGCUGAGCCGCCGAUACGCAAUUCGCAACAUAUGGUUAGAUGGACUCUCCCUUCUGCAGCCCUAG